UUGUCCACUUUUGCAAAGUAGUCUGUGUUUACAGACCUCACUAACAAAAUGAUAGGGAGUCGCAAUGACGUCAGUUUGUUUGUGCGUAUGUUUGCUCGUCCUUGGCAGAAAUGGUAUAAAGCCAAUUGAUCGCUCAGAAGAAAAUAACUGAAAAGACAGAAAUCUUUGGUGGAAGGGACAACAGAAAGACAAAGAGCAGAAAGACCAAGGAGAAAAGAAAUCAUAAGAAUGCGUCCUCUGUUGCUAUUGGUGGUUGCGGCAACGGUGGGCGUGGUCAAAGCGGCACUCAGUGGCUGCUGGGAGCGGCCCAGCUGUCAGGAGCUCGGCUCUGAGAGCAGCAAGAUGGAGUGUAUCCAGUUCUGUGGAUUUCACCCCCACGAGAAGACCUCCAUCCUUGGCAGGGCUCACUUUCAGCGUCCCCCUUCAUCCGCCUUUAUUUCUCCUUCACCCUUUCCCUCCUCCUCUCAAGCCAAACACUCCUACUCCAUGGAGCAUUUUCGCUGGGGGAAGCCUCUUGGGAAAAAGCGUUAUCAGGCGAAAAUUCCCAAAGGCAAAAGUGUGGAUGGGAACUCAGCUGAGUUUUUCCCUGGGGAGAUGAGGAGGUGGGAACUUUCCAGGGAAAAAACUGCAGCUGUGGAUGAAGAGCAGGUGGCACAAGAGGCAGCGGAGCAGCUCUCCAAUGAGCAUGAGGAUAAAAAAGACAUCCCGUACAAGAUGAAGCACUUCCGCUGGAGUGGCCCUGUGGCGGGCAAACGCUACGGUGGCUUCAUGAAGAGCUGGGAGGAGCACAGCAAGAGGCCGCUGCUCACACUCUUCAGAAACGUCAUCAACAAAGAAGGAGAGGAAGAGAAGAGAGCAAAGUGAGGAAGAAGAAGGGAGGAAAAGAAGAUGAAGAGGAGGAAUAAAUGAUCAAAACAGAAUAUUAAAACGAAUUGUUUGAAAACUUUCUAUGUAACACAGUUGCUUUUAUAAUGUACUCUUUUGAGAGAGAAAUCAUAUUUAUCAUCAGCAGCAAAUGUUUGUUUUCAGUAUGUAGCUUCUGCAAGAAACUGCUUUUAAACUGAAAAUAAUGCUGGUUGUUGAUACUGAAACUUUUUAUUUUAGACGUACUGAUAUACAAAUAUCACAAAAGAUCAGAGAAAAGACUUGAAACACAUAGAACAGGUUAGUGUAUGAAUAUAGUGUAUGAAUAUAAUUAUCCUAUUUAUGGAUUAUGUAACUGAAAGCUUCAGUUCUGUAAAUUAUUUUUUGAUUGGUGGAAGUGUUUCUCUUCUGGAUUGGUGAUCAGAGCGUUUAUUAAGAGACGGCAGAGGCAACACCAUCUGAAGAAUGAAAAUACAGAGAAUAAUCAUGUGUAUUAUUUGUUGUCUAUCAAAAAUCAUAUUUCUCUGCCAUUUUUUAAAGUUGAAAUUGUGAUUCAUGAAUCAAAAAUCUUUAAAAACAAUCACAUGUCAUCCCUAAUAUGGCCACAAGAGGGGAGCAGUUAGACAUGACUUGUACCUUUCUGUCUCUUUUUGUAGUCCAAAUGUAAAGGUUAGGCAUAGACACUUGGGUCUGACAUGAAUCCAGUCAGGAAGCAUGGUGCAGUGCAGUAUCACUAUGUCAUUAACAGAAAUAAAGCCUGAAAAUAUGAAUUUCUGUCAAAUUAGCUUUUAUCUUUUUUACUACAGCCUCUGCUUCUUAUCUAUGUAUGGUCAGAGUUGAAAAAUGUUGGAGGAUAAAAGAAAGAAAAGCGUGGAGGUGGGUUAGGUUAUGUUUUUGAUUACAAUCCAUAAAGUUAUUGUAUAUGUAAUUAAGAUUUAAAAAGAGUUGCAAGCAAGACAUAUGUGGCAUGUUGUUUUUUUCUUUCCACAUAGAAGUGCAUGUCUGUAAACUAUGGAAAAACAAAAUAAACAGAAAACAUAUUA